UAAACCAUAUACACCAGGUGACCAAAUCAGUUUCAUUUGUGACACGUGCUAUCAGAUUGGACUGAAUGAGAAUGAAGAACGUGAUGCAGAUAUUGUUUGUGGUAUCAAUGAACUCUGGGAUGGUUCCAUGCCAGUUUGUGAAUUGAUGCAAUGUAUGUAUCCGAUGCUUGGAGAAGGAGUCGAGGUUAUUGGUGGCACCAAUGACUGUGGAGCUUCGAUUAGUUUUGGGUGUAAAGAAGGGUAUAUUAAAGCAGGUGGAAACGAUGAAAUGAUGUGUCUUUCCAAUGGUACAACUUCACAGUGGAAUGGUAGUCCACUGACUUGCAAAAAAAAAUGUCCAUAUCGUAUGCCACCAGAAAAUGGGUCAAUAGACCCAAGUAGUGACGAUCCAAUUGAGUCAGAAUAUAUACCCGGGGAUAUUG